AAAGCAUCGAAGACCAUAGUAUACAGAAGUGUCUCCGCCAUGGCCUCCCUUGCAUAUACAACGUCCAUGUCGUCAACUCAACUACAGCGCGGCUGAUGGAGUUUGACGCGGCCGCGGCCGACGGUCGCACAUUGUUCUUAAACGCACAGUUCCGCUUCUUUCCACCCAGUCGACACUCUGGAGGCUAUCUCGAAGCUGAAACAAACUGAAAUCAUGGAGAUUCUCUUCCCCACCAUUGGGAUCUUUGUGCCUCUUUUAGAGCCGUUGAGGGAGGAGAUCGAACUUGCCCGGAAGACAUUCCAGUACGGAGGGACGAGAAGACAUCAGCUGGACAUCUACUCUCCGGCGGACACAAGCCAGAAACACCCAGUCCUCUUCAUCGUCUACGGGGGAGGGUUCGUGCAAGGAGAUCGUACGCUCCCGUCCCCCGCCGACACGUCUUACGGGAACGUCGGGGUCUACUUUGCCAAACGCGGCUACGUCACCGUGAUCGCCGACUACCGCCUGGCGCCGGCGACGACCUACCCGGGGCCCGCUGAGGAUCUGCGCGACGCUCUUCAGUGGGUGACCAGCCACCCGGAUGAAAUGGGGCCCGGGGCGGACCUGGAUAAAGUCUUCUUCCUGGGUUUCUCCGCCGGCGCGGCCCACACUCUGACGCUGCUUUUCACGCCCUCCAUCAUCGGUGGACUGCUCUCCAAGAUCAAGGGUGCCGUCAUUGCAUCCGCACCGUAUCACUUUGACCGGGGUAUGGGCACCGCCCCGAUGUAUUACGGCUCGGAGGACAAGGCCAGACAGUUCUCGCCGCUCGCCCUACUUUCGGGAGCAUCGGACGAGACGAUCAAGUCCCUCCCGUCUCUUCUAAUGCUGCGUAGCGAACGCGAUCCACAGGGGCUCAUCAUUGUAGGCGAUGAAUACGCGGCUGCCGUGAAGUCUAGGGGGAUCCAAGCACCAUACAUCACGGCCGCAGGCCACAACCACAUCAGCAUCACAUUCGCUCUGGGCACGGGACAGGGCGAGCAAUGGGCUGAGGAGACGAUUGCUUGGAUGGCCAAGCUGUAGUGCCAACGUGAAUCUAGUCGACUUGACCGAAUUAACACCUUUGACCUGCACUUCUUUCACCGAUUGUCAGGCUACUAUUGAUGCCAACGCUACGGGAAAAGCACAAUGCAACGGGAAAUGGCUGAUCUCUCCUUCCCUCCUUCGAAUUUGCCCCCGGUAUCCUCCGGAAUUUGUAGCUAGCAUUUGAAAACCCUUAAGUACCAAAUACUGCAUUUAUACAUGAGCGGGAACCAUA